AUGGAGCGCUGGGGGGGCCCCUGGCUGCUCUCCCUGCUGCCGCUGAUGGCGGUGGGCCAGCCGCUGGACGCCGGCUCUGCAGCCUACGAGGAGCGGACGGUGACGGGGAUACGGGGCCGGGCGGUGGAGCUGAGCUGCGGGCUGGCAGCGCCAGCCGUGGUCUUCUGGAGCUUCGCGGCGAUGGGGAGCGCGGGGCCGCCGCGGGCCGUGGCGGUGGGCUCCGGGCCGGAGGUGGCGGUGGCUCCUGGCGCGGGCGCGCUGGGCCGGGUCACGCUGCGCAACGGCACUCUGGAGCUGCGGGAGCUGCGGACGGCCGCCGCCGGGCGCUUCCUCUGCCAGGGGCUCUUCCCGGAGUGGGGCCGGCUCCGUGUGGGAUACGCCGCCGUGAUGCUGCGUGUGCUGGUGCCCGUCUCCAAACCUUUCGUGCGGCUGACGGCGGCGGCGGCAGCGGAGGGGACAGAGGUGGCCCUGACGUGCACUGUGCGGGAGGGGACGGCACCGCUCAGCUUCUCCUGGCAGCACCGGGAGCCCCAUGGAAGACUCCUGGCAGCCCCCAUGGGGCUGGGAGGCUCUGGGGCAGAGCUGCUCCUGGCACCCGCCAACCGCAGCCAUGCUGGCUGGUACGCCUGCACUGCCCGCAAUGAGGUCAACAACCGCACCAGUGAGCCCGUCUACCUCGACAUCGUCUAUGGCCCUGAUGAGCCGGCCAUCAGCGUGGAGCCCUUCUCCCCGGAGCAGGGCAGCUUCUCUGCGGGCGAGCGGGAGGACGUGGUGCUGAGCUGCCUGGCGCCCUCCAACCCCCCCAGCCGUUACAUCUGGCUGCACAAUGGCUCCCAGGUGCACGUUGGCCAGACCUUUGUCAUGUCGGCCAUUGCCCGGGGCCAGGCAGGCACCUACACCUGCCUGGCUGAGAACACCCACCUCCAAACCCGCACCCAGGCCACCAUCGUCCUCACCGUAUACUAUCCACCGGCUGGGAGCCCCAGCUGCUCUGCUCUGGCCACUGCUGACCUGCGGGACGUGGCCCUUCGGUGCCGUUGGCUGGGGGGAUUCCCUCCAGCCCGGCUGCGCUGGGUGGGCCCUAGGGAGGAGGAGCGGGAGGAGGAGGAGGAGGAGCAUGAAGAGGGGGCAGCGGGGCCCAGCUUUUCCAUGGCCACCAGCAUCGUGCCAGGGGCGGCCACGAGGAACGGCAGCUCCUUCGCCUGCGUGGCCACGCACCCUGCGCUGCGGGAGGGGGCUGUGUGCAGGACCACUCUGUGGAUCCCGGCAGGCAGCCCCACAUGCAUGGCUGCGGCCACCAAGCAUGACGAAUACGUGAUGCUGCGGUGCCGCUGGGAGGGGGGCACGCCGCCGGCCACGCUGCGCUGGUGGGACGGCCGGGGCCGGGCGCUGAGUGCCCCCACACCAUCAGCCACUGUCCUGGUGCUGAGCACCGAUACCAGCCUGAGGGGCCAGGACUUCGUCUGCGUAGCCGCGCACCCACUGCGAGCCACCAGCACCGAGUGCCGCCUCCGGCUGGGUAAGAGAGAACAUCCCCGUGUGCUGUCCCCAUCGUCGUGCCACGCCGGCCGAAGGCAUGCCAUCAGCAGCCCCUCUCUCUGCGCAGAUGUCCCCGAGCUGGAGGUGGAGCGCGGCGAGGUGGCGGUGCUGGAGGGCGGCGAGGCACGGCUGGCGUGCCGGCAGCGCGGCGGCACCGAGCUGGGUGCCGAGAUGGGCUGGUACGACCCGCAGGAGCGCGAGGUGCCGGCGGGCACCACCAAAUACCGGCUGGAGCGCGGCGGGGCGUGGGCCAACCUCACCGUGCGCGAUGCCGAGUGGCCGCAGGACGGUGGCACGUACCGCUGUGCCGCCGCCAACAGCGUGGGCACCGCCAGUCUCCCCGUCCGCCUCCGCGUGGAUCGUGAGUCCCGGGGACGCGGCACGCAUCCCCUGAUGCGCGGGGAGGCGAGCUGUCCCACGGAGCGCCGUCUCGCCGCAGGGUACCCGGCCCCUCCCAACGUCACCAUCAGCAAGCUGCGGUACACGCGGGCGCGCACCGAGGUGCGGCUGCAGUGGCGGACGCAGGGCGCGGGCAACCUGACCGGCUUCGUGGUGCAGCGGCGGCCGGCCAAGAAGCCCCAGCGCCGCGUGCCAGGCCCUUGGGAAACGGCCGCUGGAGACAUCGAGCCGCACUCCCGCGACCGGCGCCUGGGGGGGCUCGACCCCCGCGUGGUCUAUGCCUUCCGCGUCCUGGCUGUCAACCACCGCACGGCCGGGCACCCCUCCGAGGUGCAGACGCCAGCUGAGCCGCCCUUCGAGGCGCUCCCGGCCGUGACUGGGGCAGCAGUGAUGGGGAUGCUGGUGGCCACCUCCAUGUCUCUGCUGGCUGUGCACUACAUCGCUCGCCAUCGGGACCGCCUGCCACGGCUGCACGAGCUGCUGUUCCGCAUGGCUGGCCCCGAUGCGCCACAGCUUGCUGAGGAUGCCAACGUGGCCGUGAGCACAGAGGAUGGAGAAGGACAGGGACAGGAGGAGCCAGGUGGCCCCAGCACAGCAGCCAUGGAAGAAGAGCCACGCUCAGCCCCACCAGGUGAUCCUGCGGAUGACGCACCGGUGGAGGUCAGCAUCACGGUGACAGCCACGCCUUGAGCAUGGCACACUCCUGAGACACCCCUCCUCCUCACUGCUGCUGUUCCUGGGGGAUGAGAGCUGGGAUGUGGCAACAGCACCCCUUGGACAGCCCCAUCCUCCUGCACUGUGCUGUACCCCACUGCUUCCUUUGCCUCAAUAAAGGCUGCAAGAAUGCAGAUGCAGUGGGGAUCUUCUUCCACAAAGCCUCAGUCUGGGUGGGGAGGGAGCAGAGGGACU